AUGGGAGAAGCAACUCCUGGAAAGUGGUGGGAGACUCCUUUAGGUUGGACAUGGGGCGAAUCAUUGGAUCAAGCGAUUGAAUGGGCAAUCGAGAGAAAAUGGUUUAAUCCACCCAAGGAUUUCUGCCGGUGGUGGAGCGAACAGAGCAGUGCUGGCAAGUCAGACAGUGCCAGUGUAGCUGCCUCGGAGGAAGGGCAAACUUCUUCGUCGACGGCGACCGCGAGGAAGAACUCUGGGAAAGAGUUUGUGCCUGAGUACGAUGGCGCGUCUUCGAUGCGGGAGUACCGGCGGAGGGUUCGACUGUUUGAGUCGACCACGUCCAUCGACAAGUGCUUCCAAGCAGGCCGGCUGGUCGAGAGGAUGUCUGGACAGGCUUGGAAGGCCGCCGAGACCUUGGACAUCAACAGCCUUAAGUGCGAUGAUGAGGUACAAGUGUUGUUGAACCACCUGUGGGCCGAGCUGGAGCCUUUGGAGUUUGUGCGGGUGUUUAAGACACUUUAUGGAUUCUAUGAGCAGUUCAAGCGGCAGAAGGGUCAGGACGUGGUUGCGUACGACUCUGCCUUUAGAGCCCAGCUAAAGCUCCUGGAGGAGGCAGGGGCUGGAAUAGAAGGCCUGACCAAGGGAUAUUGGUUCAUGGCCAAGGCCGAUAUCUCCGAGGACUUGCGCCAGAAGAUCGUUUCUGCUUCGGGCGGCAGCUAUGAGUAUGAGAAGUUGCGGGACGCUCUUGCAGCCAUCAGUCCGACCGUCAGUCGCGCUGAUCACCAAGGUGACAAGGAGGGCGGCCAAGCGCGGCUCUGGAAGAGCAGGCGCUUCGAUCAUCGAGUCAACAUGGUCGGUGACUUUGGAGACGACGAUUCCGACAACUAA